AUGCCACGUCCCUUCGGAAAGCAUUUUAGUCAUCUAUUCCAUCGGCGGAAAGAGAGCGAGAAGCCGAUAAUCAAAUCAAGGCAAAAUGAAACCCAAGAGCAUUUCACCAAUAAUGAUGCCCACCCUGUCCCUCCCAAGCCUGCAGACCAGGCCAUUCAGUCAACGCAAACUUUGCAGCCGCGAGACUUAUGGCAAACUGCUUAUAACCACCUUGAUAAAAGCCAGCAAAAUAUUCUCUCAACCAAGGAGAUUUCAAUCACGCCGGGUGAGGGGAAAAAACAUCUUAAGAAUCUAAUCGAUCAGGUUAUCACAACAACUGAAGAAGGAUAUGAAAAGUAUUAUCAGACAGCUGAUAAAACAUGCCGGAAGACUUCACGGAAAAUUCUUGAUGCUGCACUAUCGUUCAAAGAUAUUAUAGGUGCGGUGGCUGCACUCGACCCGACGCAGCAUGCCGCUAGUGUGUGGAAUAUUGUCUUACUUAGUCUGACAUUGGCAAAAAAAUACUCCCAGUGCCGCAAUUCCCUGUUCGAAUCAUCGGGGUACCUGGCAGAUGUUCUGACAUACGGUGCCUUUAUCGAGCAGAAUUUCCACGAGAAAACAAAGAGUAUUUCUGAUAAUCAUCUUGUAGAAGAUGCAUUGAUCAGACUCUAUAAAGCUAUCUUGUGUUACGUGGUCCAGAUACGCAAAUUCCAGGAAGCAAGUGUCGGAGAAAAAGUACUCAAUACGGUGACCGAUAGCCUUCAGCAACCACUCAUCGCACUCAAGACUUCGGUUGAGAAUGAAAGGGCUAAGUUAGAUAAAUGGAUUGGAUUGAUCGAAUAUCUUAACCGCGCCAAAGAGGCAGAGAAUAUCCUACGCAAGAUUGAUGAACUAGCCGAUUCCUUGAAGAGACUCCUUGAACAUUCUGGCUUUAAGAGCUUACUAUUAGCGGAAGGAGCAUUUUUCGACUCUUAUACUCAUCAGCAUGAGGAUUACUGUCUUCCAGAUACUAGAACAGAUCUCCUUCGCCACAUUUCAACGUGGGCUCAGUCGCAAGAUCAACUUAUUUUCUGGCUAAACGGCAUGGCGGGGACUGGUAAAUCCACUAUUGCACGGACUGUCGCUCAAUCCUUUCAAAAUCAAGGGCUUUUAGGUGCCAGCUUUUUUUUCAAGCGAGGCGAAGCCGACCGUGGUAAUGCAAAGCGCUUUGUGUCGACUCUCGCACGUCAACUAAUCAUCAAGCACCGGCAACUGGGUUUCGAUGUGUUCAAUGCAAUUGAGAAUGAUUCGAAUGUUGUGUUUAAAUCUCUUGAUAUACAGUUUGAGAAGCUCCUUUAUCAGCCACUCCAAAAGCUGUCUACUAGCCAAUCUACAACAAUUGUGAUUGUUAUUGAUGCUUUAGACGAGUGUGACGAAGAUAAGGACCAACAACUUAUCCUUAACUGCUUGUUUAAGAUGCAAGAAAUCAAAUCUGUGCAUCUUCGAGUAUUCCUAACCAGCCGACCUGAACUCCCCGUUCGCAUUAGCUUUGACAAAAAUAAGGAUCACCACGAUUUGAUCCUCCAAGAGCUUCCUAAGUCCGUGAUUGAAUAUGAUAUUCGUCUUUUCCUUGAAAGUAAGCUUCUGGCCAUACAAAAAGAGCGCUCGCUGUCACCCGACUGGCCCGGAAGUGAGAAAAUUGAAAAGCUGGUGGCAAUGGCUAUUCCUCUAUUUAUCUUCGCAGCUACGAUUUGCCGCUUUGUCGGAGAGAGAAAAUGGCGUCCAGAACAACGGCUUGAAAAGAUUCUCAACAGUGCGAGUGCAUCUUCGGAAGACGAAAUGGCGCGAACAUACACGCCUAUCCUAAGCCAGCUUCUUGCUGGAGCUAAUGAGGAAGAGACACAUCAGCUGAAGAAAGAGUUCCAACAUAUAAUUGGGACAAUUAUUCUUCUAGCUUCACCUUUGUCCCUUGAUGCUCUCUCCCUGCUCAUUGAGUUUCCACUUGAUGAUAUCAAUAAUCGCUUGGACGGAUUCCACUCUGUUCUCAGUAUACCAGUGGAUUUUGAAGCACCAGUCCGGAUUCUACACUUGUCAUUUCGAGACUACCUCCUGGACAAAAAGUGCCCAUUUUAUGUUCCUGAGCAAGAUACACAUAGUAGAAUCGCUUCACAUUGUCUUCGGCUUAUGAAAACCCGGCUCAAAGAGAAUAUAUGCGAGCUGCAAAGUUACGGAAUGCAGCAAGAGGAUAUCAAAACCGAGAUUAUCGAAGAUUAUCUUACUGCUGAUAUACAAUACGCCUGUCGCUACUGGGUUCAUCAUGUUGAACAGAGCAAAGAUCAUAUUAUAAAUUGUGAUGUUCUUCCUUUUCUCCAGGACCACUUUCUUCACUGGAUGGAGGUACUAGCUCUGAUAGGAGGAAUUUCGGAAGCGGUAGGAUUAAUAGAUACAUUAAAGUCAAGAGCGCAACUUGGCUCUGACUUAUCUGAUUUUUUAUAUGAUGCGGAAAGGUUUAUUCGUCAAAAUAACUACAUAGCAGCAAUUGCUCCACUACAGAUCUACCGCGCUGGUCUUGUAUUUGCACCGAGCAAAAGUAUUAUCAAGCAGAUAUUCGUCAGCAAAGUUAAAGAUCAACUGGCAGUUGGAACAGCAGUGGAAGAUUCCUGGAGCUCAAAUCUCCAGACAUUUGAAGGGCAUUCCAGCACGGUCUACUCGGUGGCCUUCUCACCGGACGGCCGCACGCUGGCGUCGGCCUCGGGGGACCAGACGAUCAAGCUCUGGGACACGGCCACGGGCGUCGAGCAGCGCACGCUGACCGGCCACGUCGGCACGGUCGAAUCGGUGGUAAACCAAUCCACUACCAGUUAUUCUAUAUCUGUCGCGGAUUCUUGGGUCUCUCUACGAGGUGGAAGGGCCCUGUGGCUUCCUACUGACCAUCGUCCUUUUCGGUGUUUUGCUAUCAAGAAUACUAUGCUUGCCCUUGGGUUAAUUACUGGGCGUGUUUCAAUCAUAAGAUUUGAUUUUUAA